UCCCGAUUGAGUCAGAUAAUAAUGACUGUAGUUCUCUACGUAACGGGCGGAGGGAGUUUCCGUAUUUGAGAAACCACAGUGAAGCCAUGCAGUGUCAGUGUCUGCUGUCAGUGCGGCUGUUCACAUGGACCCCUCCACCUACCUCUACGAUGUCCCCCCGGUUAUAAUCGAAAGGUUCUGUAGAAUCAUGGACAGUGGAGAUGACAGGUUUGGGUGGCGUGUACUAGCUGUCCAAGUUGUCCCCAGCUUGUUAGAAGUCCGUAUGUUGGAGCGUGUGGAGGCGGCGGGUCGGAGCCCCACCAGGGAGCUGCUGUGGUCCUGGGCUCAGGAGAACUCACGAGUGCAGGACCUGCUCAACCUGCUGAAAGACAUGGGCCACCUCAGGGCCCUGCAGCUCUUCAAAAGUCAAGCCCAAGAGUCGCCUGUGCCCAGCAGCAAUCAACAUGCAGCGUCCAAAGGGCCGAUGUCAGCAUCUAAAGAGAAGGGAUCCUUCUCACCAGUGGUCACUUUCCAAGACAUCAUAGAAGUUACCAGACAUUUUCAUCCGGACAUGAGAAUUGCAGAGGGCCACUUCUCUGAUAUCUACAGAGCACAGAUGGGAGAUCAAAUGAUCGCAGUUAAGCUUUUUAAACAGGUAAAAGUGCAGUCAUGGAAAAACCUCUGGGAUGUCUUCAGAAAAGAAAUGGAAACUGAUGUUCUGUACCAACAUCCAAACAUCCUAGAAUUGCUGAGCUGUGCUUCUGAUGAGGACCGCUACUGUGUGGUCUAUCCUUACCUCCCUAAUGGAUCGCUCUUCCACAGACUACACCAUCAGGAUGGAGAGCCCCCUCUGUCCUGGCAAGAGCGCCUCAACAUCAUUAAAGGAACUGCAAAGGCCUUGCAUCACCUCCAUACAGCCCAGCCCUGCGCAGUGAUCUGUGGCAACAUCUCCAGUACAAACAUACUAUUGGAUGAUACUCUGCAGCCCAAGGUGUCUGACUUCGGGUUGGCUCGCCUCCGUCCUGAUUCAUCCAGUCAGCUCUGUACCAUCACACUGGAUACAAAGUCCCUCAGCAACCUUGGAUACCUUUCUGAGGACUACAUCCGAGACAGAAGCAAGCUCUCCUCUAGCUUGGAUGUGUACAGCUUUGGAAUGGUUAUAAUGGAAACCAUGACAGGACGGAAGGUCAAAGAGGAAGUACAUAAACAAAAACCACUGAGAGAUCUGCUGAUAACGGAGGUGGAGGACAGUGGUGGGGUAGACUCUUGUCUACAGUUUUUGGAUGUGGCGGCAGGUCAGUGGCCCACUGCCAUAGCCCUCGGCCUGCUGCGUCUGGCCCUGGACUGCACGGCGAGUCGCCACCGCUGCAGACCAAACAUUGAAACCGUUGUUAUGUCAUUGAGCAAGCUGCUUCCUCCACCUAGCUGCCUCCCUGAGGACCAACCCCACAGCCUGGAUGGCGGAAACCCCCUUAAAACUGAGAUGAGCCUUUUAUCCUCCAUACCAGUAGAGCAAGAUGAGCAGCACAGCCUGUCUGGUUCUCUAACACAGCCAGGGCCUAGUGAAUACAGCCAAUCGGAGGUGACGUAUUUGAGCGACGUUGUGGGGGUGGCUUCUGGUGAGGCGUCAACAGACCUGUACACCAGCUGGCCUGUACAGUGCAGUUGCCAUGCUGAGACAGGCGGUCUGCCCUGUGAGGACUGCAGGGCCAAUGGCUUCACCCCCAACCACACUGACAGCCCGACUAGCUCUAUUGCAGUGGAAAACCCAGCCAAGGAGAGACUGAGGAACAAACUGAGUCUUUAUAACAAGGGCUUGAUUCACUCUGGGGAACUGUUCUCUGAGACAGGAUUGCAGUAGAGUUAGGACUUGGGAACAUCAUCAACAUCAAAUCUUAAGCUUGACUUUCAUUUCAUGUGGAUCUCUGGGAAGAAAUCUAGUUAACACUGGUUAUCUGACCUUCUAAUAGUACUGUUCUGUUAUGAGUCUGAAAAAAGCAUUAAGUUUAAUGUUUUAGAAAAUAUAAUACAUGUUCUUGUUUCUUGUUAGCAUUACAGAAAUAUAAUGUAUUCAUGGAAUAUACAUUUCCCUAUGUGUAUCUAUUUAGGCCGUGUUCACUUUAAAGAUCACACGGUUCUAAAUGUCCAAUCACGUACCACUAUGUCGUGUAGUUCAGCAGUUCAGAAGUAAACUCAUUCCCGUCAAGCGGAUUCCAGCCAUCUAUUUGAGUUGUUAAUGCUUCACAUUUCAGAACAAUCUGUCGACGUCUUGUGUCUGUCAUAGCAUCGUUGGUAUGUAUUCGUGAGAUUGUAGAGUUUCAUCAUUGUUUUGGACGAAAAUGUAAAGUUUGUAAAGUGUGAAUGCUACGUCUCACGUGUCUGCGCGAAAGAUGGUAUGACCGGAAUGUUAACGUGUUUCCUAUAAGUAUUUUCAUGUGUUGGUCAAAAUAAGUACAACGAAAUGCAACAGUGAUGAUGCAAAUGAGCCUUUAUUCAUUUAAGUUAAAUAGGCGCGGUGCUAAUUUGUCCUUGUCCUUGUUUGUUUGUUUGUUUCACCUUUUCUUUGUAAACGUCAAUAAACCUGUGGAAGGAAUAAGUAACCCUCAGAGUCUUGAUGUUGGGAAAAAGUUUAGCUAGCCGUCAGGAUAUUACGGUAGACAUAUCAGGGAGGGAACAGAGCAAGUUUAAUUCUGUAGUCAGAAACCUAUCUGGUGGGUGAUGGCUGCAACAGACGAUAACAUGAUACCUGUAUUAUAAAAAUAAGAAUUUAUUGUGGGUUUUUUUGUCAUUGCAUCAGUUUGAAAUGUUAUGGAAAAACAGUGUAUAAUCUUUCAUUGCAUUAGAAGUUAGUAAAAUGUUACAUUAGGAAGUGGGGAAAUGAAUAACUCAAUAUGGUGGAGGGGAAGUGAAAUAAACAGUGUAACAAAACACA